CUUCAGGAUCAGCCUAGCACAUGAAGUUGAUGGAUGGAGGAAAUCACUCAGUGGUGUCUGAAUUUUUGUUGCUGGGGCUCACCAGUUCUUGGGAGAUUCAGAUUCUUCUUUUUUUGUUUUUUACUAUAUUUUAUAUAGCAAGUAUGUUAGGAAACCUUCUCAUUGUGCUCACGAUCAUUUCAGACCAUCACUUACAUUCCCCCAUGUACUUUUUGCUGGCAAAUCUUUCCAUCAUUGACACUGGUGUUUCCAGUAUUGCAAGCCCAAAGAUGAUUUAUGACCUUUUCAGAAAACAUAAAGUCAUCUCGUUGGCAGGGUGCAUUACUCAGAUGUUCUUUAUUCACACUGUUGGGGGUACGGAGAUGGUGCUGCUCAUAGUUAUGGCCUAUGACCGAUACAUUGCUAUCUGUAAGCCUCUCCACUACCUGACCAUCAUGAGCAUGAGAAUGUGCAUUUCCCUUUUGGCUGUUGCCUGGACCAUUGGACUCAUCCACUCCGUGGCCCAACUGGCUUUUGUUAUAAACUUGCCCUUUUGUGGUCCCAACAAAAUGGAUAGUUUUUAUUGUGAUUUUCCUCGGUUCAUCAAACUUGCAUGUACAGACACAUAUAGACUGGAGUUUCUGGUCACUGCCAACAGUGGUUUCAUCUCCAUGGGCACCUUCUUCAUCUUGAUUGUGUCUUACAUCUUCAUCCUGGUCACAGUUCGCAAACACUCUUCAGGUGGUUCAUCCAAGGCUCUCUCCACUCUCUCUGCUCACAUCACCGUGGUGGUCUUUUUCUUUGGUCCUUGCAUUAUUGUCUAUGUGUGGCCAUUCCCUACCUUACCAAUCGAUAAAUUUUUAGCCAUCUUUGAUGCCCUUAUCACUCCUUUUAUGAAUCCUAUUAUCUAUACAUUCAGAAAUAAGGAGAUGAAAGUGGCAAUAAAGAGACUGUUUGGUAAGAUUUUAAGUGUCAAGAAGAGUGCUUUCAUGAACGAUCAAAGCCAUUUGGAUUCAUCUUGACUAUUUUUGGAAGUUAAUCUCUUUAAACUUUUCAUAAAUCUUUUCAGUUUAGUUAGUAAUUUCAAUAUCUACUUGAAAAUCGUCCUCAGGACUCUGUUCUGAUCUGGUCAGUUUUUUAUAGGGACCCUUACCCUGUGGAUCCUGAAACUACUGAGGAAGAAUUAAUUCAGCCUUGGAAUAUAGUGUCUUUCUUGUUAUAGAAGAAUAUGAAAUCUCACAUACUGGGCACAUUUUCCAUUAAGACAAAAUGUUGGAUACUCCUCUUUGGUAAUGAUUCUCAAAGACAUGUCUCUUCUAUCUACAUAUGUACUGAUAUUCAUACCCUCUGAGUUUCUUUUGUCUAUAUACUUGGAGGAAUAAACAAAAUGAAGAUAGGUGCCUAGGUAGCUCUCAGAAUUUGAGGCUUCUAACAUCUGGAUUUGACUAUACACACUCAGAUUUAGCUAAUAAUGAGGUUUUUAGAUUUAAUGGGAAUUUGAAGGCAAAAUUUGGGAUAAAUCAUAGAAUGACAACCUAGGAUACUUUAAUAUUAUUAUUUAAUCAAAUGUUUUGAGACCAGAGAUGUAAAGUCCUACACCACUCAGUGUGUAUCAUAAUUAUAUUUUACCCCAAUUAUUUCCUAAACAAUUUUUAUAUGGUAAAGAAAGCUAUGUGAAUAUUAAAAGAUUAUAAAUGGAUUGAAUAUUUUGGAGCUAAGGAUAGGUAGCACUGGCUUAUGAAUAAAUAAAUAAAAUGCAAAAGAUUUCUAUGUUAUAUGUAUCAAGUUUAUAAGUAAGUAAAUAGCAAAUUCA